GUUCUGCUUUGUUGAGACAUUAUACUGAGAAAAUGGCUCAAUUUUAUUGCACCUAAUUUUUUUGUGAAUGUAAUUCUUCAUACUUCCCUGUGUGUGUGAUUUCCUCUGAAUCCACCUGUUCAGAUUUCCUUUUCCAUUGUCUGAGCGCUCUUCUCAAUGGUGGGUAGCCCUGUGCACUCUGCUUUGUGCUCGCCCCUCAGUCGCAGAGCCGCGUGGUGCUUGACCUUCCCCUGUGAGAGGCUCAGUCAUGGUGCGUAAACAGCAGAGUGCCCGGAGCACCUGUUGCUUUCCAGUGGACAUGAACGAGGACAACGCCCGCUUCGGCCUGCUGGCCGCUCUGAUCCUGGUGUACCUGCUGUGCGGCGCGGCCGUUUUCUCCGCCCUGGAGCGGCCCUCGGAGCUGCGCGCGCACCGGCGCUGGGAGCAGCAGCUGGAGGACUUCACGCAGCAGCACCAAAUCGGCCUGGAGGCCCUGCGCGUCCUGCUCCGCCAGUACGAAGAGGCCAAUGUAGCUGGCAUCCGCGUCGACACCCUCAGGCCUCGCUGGGACUUUUCCGGGGCCUUCUACUUUGUCGGCACGGUGGUCUCAACUAUUGGCUUUGGGAUGACGACGCCAGCCACCAUCGCAGGGAAGAUCUUCCUGAUCUUCUACGGGCUGAUCGGCUGUGCGGCCACCAUCUUGUUCUUCAACCUCUUCCUGGAGCGCAUCAUCACCAUGCUGGCCUACAUCAUGCGCUGGUGCCACGAGAUGCAGCUGCGGCGCUCCGGUGUUGGCGGCGUCGGCGAGGAUCGGCGGAGUCAGGACGACAGCCUGGAGGGCUGGAAGCCGUCCGUCUACUACGUGAUGCUGAUCCUGGGCGUGGCGGCCCUGCUGAUCGCCUGCAGCGCCUCGGCCCUCUACGCCACCAUGGAGGACUGGGGCUACUUCGACUCGCUCUACUUCUGCUUCGUAGCCUUCAGCACCAUCGGCUUCGGUGACCUGGUGAGCAGCCAGAGGGAGAGCUACCAAGCCCAGGAGGCCUAUCGCCUGGGCAACUGCCUUUUCAUCCUCAUGGGCGUUUGCUGCAUCUACUCGCUCUUCAACGUCAUCUCCAUCGUCAUCAAGCAGACGCUCAACUGGAUCCUGGCCAAGCUGGACUGCCAGCGGGCACACUGUCCCUGCCAGGGCCCGGCGCGCGGGAGGAGGCGGGCAAGGGCGCACAAACGCAACGCCGUGCAGCCCGCCCCGGCACAGGAGGCUCCGGGGAAGCAUCGGUACACCAACGCCUCCGUGGAAACGGUGUGUGACAGCGAGACAGAUGGAGGGAUGGGGCCCGAGGCGGGACACUUGGCCGGACGCCGGCUUUCCGGGGAGAUGAUUUCUGUCAACGACUUCAUGGCGUCCAACAAGGUGUCCCUGGCCAUCCUGCAGAAGCAGCUGUCCGAGACGGCCCACGGCAACCCUCGGCAGAGCCACGUACGCCAGAAUGGCUUCUCCGGUGGCGUUGGCGCCUUCGCCAUCAUGAACAACAGACUGCAGGAGACCAGUGUCGACAGGUGACCCACCUGACUGCCACCAGUCAGCAGGAACAGUUAGACAUGUUAUUUAGCACUCUGAGCACCACUGCAAACCUGCAGUCUGGGAUUAAUCCUGAAAAUCUACUAUUUUCAAAUAUCAUAUCAUAGACAAAUACAGUAUUUUGACUGUUCGCCUUUAACCCCUGUAGAGAAUAACGUUUGACCAAAGGCUCUUGCCUUAUUGUACAUGUAAAUCACAUACAAGCGGCAAGUAUUCUCUCGGUUUCUGAGACAUGUAAUAAUAGCCAAGACAUUUGGUAAGAAAGAGAGUGAUUCGAAGGAUUUUAAUGGCAUGUCUGGAUUGGGGGAAAAGGAGACAGAACUGCAGUGUUGACAGCGCUCCUGCUGUAAUGGUCGUUCGGAGAGGGACGCUCAGCUCUUGAAGUGAUUGGCUUGUGAGGCGCGCAAUCAGAGCGUGCACGGAGAGAGAGAUGCUCAGGCGGCUCUUCAGCAUCUUGAGGGAGACAGACUGAUUUACAAGAGCUCCGGAUCCGAGGCCCCAGAGACCAAGGGAGUCUCUCAGUCUGAAGAAAUAUAUGAUGAACAGCAUCAAGGGUCACCUCCUUUAGAUUCACUUCUGUUUACCCUUCACAUGUCUCCAUAGAUCCCAAACAAAUACUCAAAACUACAGGAAAUAUAAAUGUUGAAAUCUAAUGAGUGAUUUCAAAACACUCUGCUUUACCUCAGUGGUAGUUGUAAGCAAUGUUAGCAAACAUAUCUGAAAUAAGUCAGGAAUAAUGUUCAGUGAGCACAAAUGGUAUAAUAAUUCCAAUACCUCAGAAGAGGAGAAUACUGAAAAAAAGACUCUAGUCAAAUGACUAAUCCAAUGAGAAGUAAUGGAAAAUGUACAAAGAAUGUUCACAGUACUUGCACUUGGCAUGAUGACAGUUAAAUAGUGUAAUUA